AAUUAUUAUGUCUUUGAAAAUUCUCGUCCAGCUGCUAAUUUUUAUAAUUUUUAAGUCUGUUCAGGGAAAAUUCUUUGAUUCAGAUAUCUUACUGGAAAGAAACAAAAAUGAGAACCAUUCGUUCUCUUUCAACGUGGAAGAAAAAUGGGAAAUUCAAAAUAUUCUUAAUACUUAUCGUGGAAAUGUUUAUCCUCCUGCUGCAAAUAUGCGAUAUUUAGAAUGGAAUAAUACUUUAGAAUCAUUAGCACAGAAAUGGUCACAAAAAUGUUUAUUUCGAAAAGGAAUUGAUCAAAGAUUCGAAGAUUUCAGACAACCAUCUCAAAGUAUGUUCAUGGGACAUGAAGAUUAUAAAUUCGCUUUUCAAUUGUGGCUUGAAGAAGAAAAAUAUUACAAUUUUCAUGCUAAUGAAUGCCAGUUUUACAACAGAUGUCAUAAUUAUACUUCAAUGGUAUACUCUAAAAGUACUUCAUUUGGAUGCGGAAGAUCGCAUUGUUCUGGAAAGACAUAUAUUGUUUGCUAUUACCAUCCACCUUAUAUAGAAGGGGAAGAAUUGUACAAAGUGGGAAAAUCUUGCUCUCUAUGUGAAUUGCAUAGUACAUCUUAUAAUGGAUUGUGCUACAUGAAUAUCUGUGUAACAGAAGCAAUAUGCAACAGUUAUGGAUUCAACUGCUCUUGUUCUCUAAAGUGUCAUAAUUGCGGCCAGCUCAAUGAGGAAAAAUGCACUUGUAUUUGUAAGAAUGGGUGGGACAUGUUGGAUUGUUCAGUGCCUUGUAUGGAUGAAAGUCCGAAAUGCGGAAAACCUUCCGGGUUUCCAGAUGAGUUAUUUUGCUCUAUGGAUGAAGGUAGAGUGAAAAGUACUUAUUGUCGUAGGAUGUGUCAAGAAUGCCAGACAAACAGUAAUCCAAGCUGCUGCGAAGGAAAUAUUUGUAAUUUUGGCUUUGUGCUUGAUAUAAAAUCAUGUCGAUGCGAAUUACUCUGCCCGGGACCUAAAUGCGAUUCUUCAACAGACUGUAAGAAGAAGAGAUGCUAUUCGGAACUAGUACCUAGAUUAAUUGGCAAUAAAUGCGUUUGCGAAGAUAACUGUUCAGACUGCGCCACUGCGAAAACCUCUUCAAGCAAGCAGCUCUGUAGAACGGAAUCAAUUAUUGCUUUUAUUUUGUUGUCUUCUUUUAUAGAUUUUAUUAAAAAAUUA